CCUGAUUUUAUGUCUCAAAAAAACCAUUUACAAGAAGUUAUUAAGGCUGCUGGGCAUAUAUGCAUCUUUUACCCCAAAUUUCAUUAUGAGCUUAACUACAUUGAAGCAUUUUGGGAAGAUGUAAAACGAUAUAUACAUUUACAUUGUGGUUAUUCAUUUAAAAGCCUCAAAGAAACCAUCCCACAAGUAUUGAAUUCCGUCACUUUGGCCAAGAUCCGUUGGUUUGCAUGCCGAUCUGAGCAAUUUAUGAGUGCUUAUGCACGUGGUCUUUCAG